AUGGGGACACCAGGUAUGACCUGGUUGAUGGUGCUGCUGGGGUUGUGCUUCCUGCUCAUCCCAGGGUCGAGCGAGUUAGUCUGUUACACUGCAGUGGAAUCACUGGACUUAGGUUGCCUCCUGCAGUGGGAUUGUCCCAAUGCCAGUCCUAAUACCACCUACACUGUGCAGACAAAGACGCAGGGGGACCCGUGGCAGGACGUGCCGUGGUGCGUCUGGAUCUCGUCCCGAAGCUGUGACAUCUCGCAGGUCUUUUCAAACUUCGAGCUGUACAACAUGAUUCGCCUCGGUGUUCACCUCAGUCCCAGCUCCACCGAGUGGCUCAAACCGCGCAAGUUCGACUACAGCGACUUCAACUUCAGCCCUCCGUCUGUCUCCGUGUCUUUGAAAGACGACCAGAUGGUGGUGCAGGUGCAGUUCCCCUGUGCUGCCAACAGGAGGUGCUCUCUGGAGAGGUGCUGUCCCAUCUCUAAGCUGAUUGACCCCUGGACCACAGUGACGGUGUAUAACGCACUCGGCGGCGAUGAAUACCAGAGCCGCACCGUUUGGACUCAGGAGGUCAUGUCCUAUGUGGAGUUCUCUGGUUUGUCUCUGGGUCAGAAAUACUGCGCUGAGGCCAACUUCUCCUUCCCAACCUUCGCCUUGGCUGCUUCACCCAAAUCAGCCCCUCAGUGUGUCGAAACUGUCUUCAAAUCAAGGCUGCUGCCUGUGCUGUGUAUGGGAAUCGGCCUGACUUCCCUUCUUCUUUUCCCACUUGUCGUCAUGUUUCUACGAAAAUCAAGACGUGCCACACCAGCCACUGAGAAUCAACCCAAGGCUCUGUCGUCUGCUCAAGAGCCCAUCUCUUUGGUUCCUCUGUCCCCGGCUCCAGUCGACCUUUGCGAGAUCCACUUGGAACUCAUUGAUGACCACAUUUCCACUGAGUCCUGCCCUGGUCUCACCUCCAAUCAAAAUCGGACUCUUCUCCAUUAUGACCCCAGCUCUGGUGCAAUUUACUGGAACAGUGGAGGGAUGGAGCUAGAUUGUGGCCUGGACUCUGGCAUCAGCAUCCCACCUGCUUCUCGCUCCUCUGAGGUGACAUGUGGAGCCAGCGGAGACUGA